CGUGGAAAGGCAGAACAGCAUUCUGGUGUUCUCUGAUAGUAGAGAUUAAACUCCAGCGACCCAAUGAGAACACACAUCGUCCCGGAUCUCAGUGGGAGCUAACGCUGAAAUGAAAGCAAAGGGGCGAACUGGGUAAAUACUUGAGUUAGGAAGAAGUCGUCGCCAUGGACGGAGGGCUGAUUAUUACAUUUAUAUCUGUGGCGAUGUUUGUAGGCUCCUUUCUCCUUGGAUUCAUCCCACUGUUGUUCAAACUGUCUGAGAAAAGCCUGCAGUUCGUUUCCAUCCUGGGGGCAGGUCUGCUGUGUGGGACAGCGCUGGCCAUCACCAUCCCAGAGGGAGUGGGUUUGCUGGAAGACUCGUGGAAAGCGUCAUCCUCUGAUGUGUCAUCUGGUCUAAAUUCCAGUAAAGAAAAUGGGGCUGUGGCAGAGAGAGGCCUCCCACCUCGGUUCCUCAUUGGGGUGGCUUUGACGCUCGGGUUCACCUUCAUGUUUGUCGUCGAUCAGAUAGGGAGCUACCUUUCCACACGCGACCAGACGACUCGUUUGUCCAGCAGCGUUCACUUCACAGCCACGUUGGGCCUGGUUAUUCACGCUGCAGCUGAUGGAUUUGCUCUGGGUGCUGCUGUGGCUACAGGUCAAGUGACAGUACAAGUUGUAGUGUUUUUUGCUGUGAUUCUGCACAAGGCGCCCGCCGCUUUUGGCUUGGUCUCCUUUCUGAUGCACGGAGGCCUCGAGAAGAAGUUCAUUCAGGGACACUUACUGGCCUUUUCAGCUGCAGCGCCUAUAGUUGCUAUUGCCACUUACUUCAUAUUAUAUGCGUCUGGAAGCUCAUCUGAGAAUCAGCUCAGUGCAACAGGAGUGGGAAUGCUCUUCUCAGCGGGGACGUUUCUCUACGUGGCCACGGUGCAUGUUCUCCCUGAGGUCAGCAGCAGCAGGACUGAUGAGCUGCCCUUGGACUCCGAGCAGCAGUCUGGAGCCGAAGCCCACCAGCAGAGACACUUGGGGCUCCUGGAGAGCCUCACUCUCAUCAUCGGUGUGGGGCUUCCGAUGUUGCUGGCCCUCGGACUGCACGAUGACUAAAGGAAAACAUGAGGGCAAUUUAUUUUAAAACUGGGUGAAAGGAAAACUCUGAGACCUGUACUGUAUGCCACAAUGAUUGGAGGACAAAAUGGACUUUGGCAGAGUCUACCUUGGUCCUCUUAUUUCAGUGUAACUUGGAUUUGUGCCAGGCUAUUGUUUGGGUGUCAAAAAGCUUUCCGGGAGGUGAUAAAGAAUCAGGUAACUAAUAUAUUUUCAUAGCUGAAUUGAGUUUCCAUCCAGAGGAAGCAGAAACAGCUCUCAUUUGUUGCCACGGUCCGCUGAAGGCAUGCCAUGUUGAGGUAUUAAAUAUCCCAAAAGGUGAAUAGAUUUACAGGAACAACCAAAUAAUUCGAUACUCUCUCACCUAGAAAAUAAGGUCUCUAUGGCGUA